AUGAGGGAGAGGGAAAGAAGGGCAAUUACGACCAACAUUUUCCAAGGGCUGAGGAAGCACGGCAGAUACCCGCUCUCUGCCCGAUCUGACAUCAACCAGGUCCUCCGCCACCUUGCUGCCGAGGCUGGGUGGGUCGUCGAAGCUGAUGGGACUACAUACCGGCCUUCCACCCCGACCCAGGUAGGGAGUCGCUGCUCGCUUUGCGGCUGCGUAACAAGAACAAGUGCCAACCCGACGCCCACCAGCAGCAUCAUUGACUUUUCGGCCCCAACAUCCCCUAGAAACCUCUCUCUCACGACAUCCCCUAGAAACCCGUCUCUUGCGGACUCUGCAGCAGCCCAUGCCGAAAGGCUCAAUCAGCUUUACCUUCAGCAGAGAGCUUCUCAUGCCGAGGCAGGUGGCAGAUCAUCUUCCUCGCCUAUGCAACUAAACAACUCUGGGCAACAAUUUCCUACAGCUUUCUAUAUGAUCAAUGGAACCCAGCCUCAGCAGCAGUCAUAUUCGCAGGACGUGAGAGUGUCCUCACCGAGCACACUCGCACAAUCACCGUGA